AGUGGUUGGUCACAUGAUGUCAUGACGUAGGGCGUUCUUACAGAUAGGGUAGCGAGCGGCUACCUUCCAUCCAGAUCCGCGCACCUGUCUCCAGCAUCAGGAGCAGCUGUCCGGGGCUCUGGAGGCCAGUGUACAGCAAACCGCCCAGCAGCCUCCCCUCCGUGACAUGCCAGCCUCCGCUGCCGGGCACUGCUAGCAGACCCUGUGCCAAUGGGCAAUCUCCUGACAGGGGUCAGCUUCAAAGAGCCCACCACUGUGGAAGAGUGCGAUUCUACCUGGGACACCGACUCCGGGGGAGAAGACGAGCAGCAGGAGGAUGAGGGGGAAGCGGAGAAGGAAGACGGAGCCGAGGAGCAGAAGCGGUGUAGUGCCAGCCAGGAGGAGAGUGCAGCGGGCGAGCCUGAGGUGACAGCGGGCGAGAGAGCGGACCCUCCCAGCCAGGAGGACUGCAGCACAAAUGAACAGAACAUCAAACCAAAGAGAAGCUUUUAUGCAGCAAGAGAUUUAUACAAGUAUCGACACCAAUAUCCACUUCACCCAUGUGAGUACAAGGUGGACGAGUCGAUCUGUGCAGAAGGGACCGUGGCUCCGGGUGUGUAUAUUGACGAAAUCCUAAAUAAAUGGAAAGGUGACUAUGACCGCUUGGAACAUAAUCAUACUUAUAUACAAUGGCUUUUUCCACUUCGAGAGCAAGGCUUAAAUUUUUACGCUAAGGAGCUGACCUCAUAUGAAAUUGAGGAGUUUAAAAAAACAAAAGAAGCUAUUAAAAGAUUUAUUUUGGCAUACAAGAUGAUGCUGGAUUUUUUUGGGUUAAAACUUGUGGACAAGAAUGGCAGUGUUUCACGGUCUGCAAACUGGCUUGAUAGAUUCCAGCACUUAAAUGAAUCUCAGCACAACUACUUGAGAAUUACUCGUAUAUUAAAAAGUCUUGGAGAACUUGGAUAUGAAAAUUUCAAAUUUCCUUUGGUGAAGGCAUUUCUUGAAGAGUCCAUUGUUAAAAAUACAAUCCCAAACAUGAAACAAAGUUCAUUAGAGUAUUUUGUGUACACUGUCAAGAAGAGUAAGGAAAGGAGAAAAUUGUUACGUUUUGCUUCUCUUCAUUACCAACCCCCUGAGCACUUUAUUUGGGGGCCACCGACGAAGUCUGGACAAAAUAAAACUUUUAAGAAGACAACCUUCAGCAGAUCUUCAAAAAAAAAUACACAAAAAUUCAAGGAUUCCAAAAUUGAGCAUAGUUUAGAAAGGUUGCAAAGUUCUUCAGUGGAUGACGAUGACUUAGAACAGCUGAAUGAAGUGAACAGUCAUGUAGAAGAUGUAGAUGAUGAUGCUGGAAAUGAGCAUGGGUCUAAAAUUGAAUCUGAAAAUAAUGGCCCCAACUCACAACAUUCUCAACAAGCAGUUUUGAACCCACCCAUGGAUUCUGCCAUUAUAUCAGUCACUGGCAAAGAGGACCUUGAACAUAGAGAUAAAAAUAAUAUAGUCAGCCUAAUAAUAGUUGAUACCCCAGAUGAGGGCAAUACAGAUUGUUUGUGCAACCUAUCGCCUGUUACUUUAUCAACUGCUGAUGUUACUGAAUCCUCAGGUAUUGUAAAGGAAGUUAAAUUGGAAGAUAAGUAAAGCAAACUUUGAAUAGAAAGGUUAUAAAUGCAGCACAGGUUUCUUUUUGUUUAUAAGGUGUAAAGCAAUUCAGGUUUUUAGUUCACUGGCAGAAAUGUGAGCUCAGUCCACAGAAUGCCCACUGACAUAUGGGAAGGUGCCACAAUAUAUAUACAACAAAUAACCCAAAGGAGUUAAUAAUACCUUGUACAAAAAGAUUUUUAUAUAAAACUUCUAAUUUAUUAAAGGAGUUGUCCAGUGGUGAAAAACUUA